CUCUCUCCGCUCGUUUCUCUCUCAUGCGUCUGCAUUCAACGUUGUUCAAACCUAGUCCAACCGAAAAUUUUGAAAUUAGAGAGAGAGAGAGGGAGAGGAGAAUGGGGGGUUGCGAGGAGCUGAGCUUGGAGCUGUCGAUAGGGGGUAAGUACGCGGGAAAAUCAGAGGAUUUGGGGGAGAAAAGUAAGGAUUUCCGCGGGAUUAAUUGCGAGAGAAGCGAUUUCGGCGUUUCGCGAUGUGAUUUCUCCGGGGGGUGCGCCGAAGCGAUGGAUCUGCAGAGGAGGAGAGAGAUUCAGGCGUCGAGGAGGCAGGAAGCGCGGAGGAAGAGAGAGGAGAAGGUGAAGCGAUCGAGAGGGGGGAAUGCGGUGGGAUUUGUCGACGACAAAGUGUUUCUCGAGGCGCAGAGGUUUCAGGAGAGAGUGCGAGAUAGGGAAAUUAGGGAGAAGGAUUGCUUCAUUGAGGAGGGGAAAAGCAGAAAAAAUGGAAAUGGUGAUGAGCUGGGGCUGUCCUUGUUCAGUGAGGAGAAGGGGAGAGAGAGGAGCGGCUGCUUGUACCCCAAGGUACAACUCGUGCAAGCCAAGAGUGAUGAUUCGGAAAAUAGUAAUGGGGUGAAAUCUUUGGAGCAAUGUUCCUCCGCUGCUUCAGAUUUUCACAGCAUGUCUCAGAAAGGUGGAAGCAGUAGCGACGCAGGCAGCCACGUGGACCAAAUCGACGGCCAUGAUUCGCCGUCGCAAGCAGCGGAAAUCGAGCGUACAAAGUUGGCGCCGACAAUGAAUCCGCAGCCAACGUCGGCGUCGAGUGGCGGCGAAGCUGCGAAGGCGUCGAGGCGGAUGCCGUGCGUGUCGGCCACCGGAGACGGGCCGAACGGGAGGACGGUGAUCGGGUUCUUGUACAAGUACGACAAGAGGGAGGUGAGCAUCAUGUGCGUGUGCCAUGGGAGUUCGUUUUCGCCGGCGGAGUUCGUCGAGCACGCCGGCGGCGUCGACGUGUCUCACCCGCUCCGCCACAUCACCGUCGUGGCGAGGUGAUGGGGAUCGGUUGUGGCAUGGUUUGAUUUGGUUUGGUAGGGUAAAUGGUUUAGGAUUUUAACCUAAGUUUAUGUGAACAUGGCUGUCGACUUCUUUGAGGUUUUUCAAGACUCUCUUUAGUUUUAGGGUUUUAGCUGAUAUCGGCAGCAUAAAAUUAAGGUGUUGCUCGUGUUUCAAUCUCGUUUUUCAUCAUUUCAUAACGUAUGAAAGAAUGUAUAUUUGGUUGGAAAAGAAAAUGUGUAAAUUAAUGAUCUUAUAAUACGGAUGAAGGGUGAAAUAUCAUUUUAAAAUUGAAGAUAUUGCUAAUUGAA